AUGGCUUCUAUUUCCAGAGUUUUGCCAACUGAUGGCAGAUUAAGUCAAUGCAGUGGCAUCUCCAGAGUCGGCGCUUCCUGGGUUCCUGCUACGAGGAGAGCUCAAACUCAAUUAGAUGCUUCCAAGUUGUUUCCGGUUAGUAACUCUGGGAUAAGUUUGAGGAUUCAGAACAGUAAACCGUUACGCUCUGUCUUUGCUCUUGAAGCUUCCUCCAAUGCUGUACAUUCCUCCAGAGUUGCUUGCAAAGCUUCUGCAGAUGUGUCAGGGAAUGUACCUGAAAGCACUCCCAAGGGACUUAGCCAGUAUGAGAAGAUUAUUGAGCUUUUGACAACCCUUUUCCCGCUUUGGGUGAUUCUGGGAACACUUGUUGGCAUCUUCAAGCCAUCUUUAGUUACAUGGUUGGAGACAGACCUUUUCACUCUAGGUCUGGGAUUUCUCAUGCUCUCCAUGGGAUUGACUCUUACUUUUGAAGAUUUCAGAAGGUGUUUACGUAAUCCAUGGACGGUGGGUGUUGGUUUUCUCGCACAAUACUUGAUCAAGCCUAUUCUUGGUUUUCUCAUUGCAAUGACUCUGAAGCUUUCGGCACCUCUUGCGACUGGGCUUAUCCUGGUCUCAUGCUGCCCUGGAGGACAGGCGUCGAACGUUGCAACCUACAUUUCCAAAGGGAACGUAGCUCUCUCUGUACUCAUGACGACGUGUUCAACCAUCGGGGCUAUUAUAAUGACUCCUCUUCUCACUAAGCUUCUUGCUGGCCAGCUUGUUCCCGUUGAUGCUGCUGGACUUGCUGUAAGCACUUUCCAAGUAGUGUUGGUGCCUACUAUAGUUGGAGUUCUGGCCAAUGAGUUCUUUCCUAAGUUUACGUCGAAGAUCAUAACAGUGACACCUCUAAUCGGAGUCAUUCUGACUACUCUUCUCUGUGCCAGUCCUAUUGGACAAGUUUCAGAGGUUUUGAAAACACAAGGAGCUCAACUUAUACUCCCGGUGGCACUCCUUCAUGCUGCAGCCUUUGCUAUUGGCUAUUGGAUUUCAAAGUUCUCUUUCGGCGAGUCCACUUCUCGCACCAUUUCUAUUGAAUGUGGAAUGCAAAGUUCGGCGCUAGGGUUCUUGCUUGCACAAAAGCAUUUCACAAACCCUCUCGUCGCUGUUCCUUCAGCAGUCAGUGUUGUCUGUAUGGCGCUCGGCGGGAGCGGCCUGGCCGUGUUCUGGAGAAACAUGCCGAUUGCGGCAGAUGACAAGGAUGACUUCAAAGAGUGA